CGGAGGGGAAGAAUAAGAAGAGACACAACCAGAAAAAUAAAGGAGAAACAUGGCGCGGGCGGCAAAGACUGCGGUCGUCCUGUGUAUGGACGUGGGGCUCGCCAUGAGUCACUCCAAUCAGGGCGAGGAGAGUGCGUACGAACAGGCGAAGAAAGUCUUGACGCUCUUCGUGCAAAGACAGGUGUUUGCCGAAUCUAAGGAUGAGAUUGCGGUGGUUUUGUUUGGCACAGACGGCACAGACAAUGCCCUGGCUUCUAAGGAUCAGUAUCAGAACAUCACGGUGCAGAGACAUCUCAUGCUCCCAGACUUCCAGCUGCUGGAGGAGAUUCAGAGUGUUAUUCAGCCCGGUGCCCAGCAAGCCGACUUCCUGGAUGCCCUGAUUGUCUGCAUGGAUAUCCUCCAGAAGGAGACGCUAGGGAAGAAAUACGAGAAGCUGCACAUUGCGGUGCUGACAGACCUGAGCAGCCCCUUCACCGAGGACCAGCUGGAGAUCAUCAUCGCCAACCUGAAGAAAGCCGGCAUCACCCUGCAGUUCUUUUUGCCCUUUCCCGUUGAUGAUGAUGAUGAUGAGGGCGGAGCCGGAGAUAGACAAGAUGGUGGAAGAGGGCAUGGUCUGGGCAAAGGACUCUCCGAUCAGCAGAAGGCUGGCGUCCAGAUGGUGAGGCAGAUCAUGGUCUCUCUGGAGGGUGAAGGCGGCCUGGACGAAGUGUACACAUUCAGGGACAGUCUGGAGAAGCUCUCCAUGUUUAAGAAGAUUGAGAGGAGACCCAUGGCCUGGCCGUGCAUGCUGACCAUCGGGUCUAACAUUUCCAUACGCAUCGUGGGAUACAAGUCUGUCACGGAGGAGAAGGUGAAGAAGACCUGGACGACCGUGGACUCCAAAUCCCUGAAAAAGGACGAUGUUCAGAAGGAAACGGUUUUCUGCCUGAAUAACGACGAGGAAACUGAAGUUCAGAAAGACGACACCAUACAAGGUUUCAGAUACGGAAGUGACAUUAUUCCGUUCUCAAAAGUGGAUCAGGAUCAGAUGAAAUACAAAACAGAGUCCAAAUGUUUCUCCGUUCUGGGGUUCACAAAGGCGUCGCAGAUUGAGAGGACUCACUUCAUGGGGAACCAGGUUCUGAAGGUCUUUGCUCCAAAAGAUGAUGAAUCUGCUACCAUUGCGCUCUCUGCAUUAAUCCACGCACUUCAUGACAUGGAGAUGGUCGCCAUUGUGCGGUACGCCUACGACAGACGGUCCAAUCCUCAGGUUGGGGUGGCAUUCCCACACAUCAAGGAAAAAUACGAGUGUCUGGUUUAUGUGCAGCUGCCGUACAUGGAGGAUUUGCGGCAAUAUCUCUUCUCCUCACUCAACAACAACAAGAAGUUCAGGCCCACCGACACCCAGCUGUCAGCGGUGGACUCUUUGAUUGACAGCAUGAGUUUGGUUCAUGAAGAUGACGAGGGCGUCGAAGAUUUAUUCAAACCAAGCAAAAUCCCAAAUCCUCAGUUCCAAAGGUUAUUCCAGUGCCUACAACACAAGGCCUUCCAUCCGGAUGACCCCCUCCCAGCCAUAGAGCAGCACUUCCUGGACCUGCUGCAGACCCCGGCACCAGUGAAGGCCCGCUGUAAAGCCGCACUAGCGAAGGUGAAGGGCUGCUUCACACUGCAGGAGUCCAGCAAGAAGAAGGAGCAGAUAACAGCCCAGCAUGUCUUCACAGACAAUAACCAGGAACCCGAGUCCAAGAGAAUGAAGACGGAGGCCGAGGAUUUCAGCAUCUCGCAGUUGGCUGAUGGGAACAUCACAUCUGUGGGAAGUGUGAGCCCGGCCGAGGACUUCCGUGUGCUGGUCAGGAAGAAAACCGCAAACUUCCAGGAUUUGAGUAAACAGCUGAUUCAGCGAAUCCACGAAUGUCUGGACAUCAAACAAACCUCGUAUUACAUGAAGAGCAUGGACUGCAUUAAGUGUUUCCGAGCCGAAGCUGUUCGGCUGUCUCAUGCCCGAGACUUCAAUGACUUCCUCCUGUCUUUGAAAGAGAGGACGGCGAGUAGCGUGUUCAAGGAAUUCUGGGAAAUCGUUGUUCAGGAUGACGUCUCCCUGAUCACUGGUGACGAAUCUGCAGACAGCGCCGUCACCUCCGCUGAGGCCAAACAGUUCUUGGCCCCAAGUGAGGAGAAGGUGGAGGACACGUCCAUGACGGAUGAGGGCGGCGAUGUCGACGAUCUGCUGGAUAUGAUAUAAUGGAGAAGUGUCCCCGAACAUCAGAAGUAAAGACCAAAGUUUCCUGUGUAUAUUGCAUCUUCUUCUGUUCUCGGGAUCUUUCUAUCCAUUGAGAAGAUUUUUGGAGGUUAUAUCCCGCGGGGUCGUCGGCUGCUGACAAGUGACUGUUCAGAUAUCGAUAGAAAUGUAAUUUGGUUAGAUCUCCGCUGUCUUCACCCUGUGUGCAGGUUAUGGCACUUAUGGAGAGGGGGUGCCGCUACCUUCUGCCGCUCAGACCCGCCACCCCACUACUUGCUGGGUUUCACUAGUUGCAGUGUAGACAUGAGAUGAUGGGGGUAGUUAGAUUUCAGAGCACUUUUGUUUUCUUAUGUCGCACUCCUCCUUAUUGACAUCGUCCAUUAGUUACAUUCAGAGCUGCGCUCACAAUCCUGACCUCUUCUUGCACUGCAGCAGUUUACAUAGUGCCUUAUAAGAUCUCAUGUCUGGCAGCACCGGCUCACAGACCUGUAUGCAUCAUUUAGCAGAAUUGUGACUGCAGCUGUGGAUGUGACUAGAGUAGAAUACAUUGUUCUGCCUGUUGGUCAGUGGACUGAUGAAAGGAUGGACG